AUGAAGAGGUAUUAUACAGGAAAGAAGGUAGAUGAUAUUGACAGUGAUAGCAGUGAAGAAGGGACGGAUAGUGACUUGCAGGAAGAACCACCUUUAACGGUUGAAGGGUCCUUAAGGGAGGUUCCAAAAGAUAAUAUCUUGUCACUGCAUAGUGACCUUGAUGAGAGAACCCAAGAACGAAACACAGAUAAGAAAACGAUCAACUCCACAGAGCACAAGAAUGAUGACGUUUUGAAAAUGGAGUCAAACCAUGAUUAUGAGUCGGUGCAAAAGACUGAAGACCAAACCCCUCCGUCGUCCAAUGCGGAGUACCUGACUUCCACUGCUAAGGAAACAACUUUAAAAGUUAAUGAUUUCUCCGAACAAGUUCCUAAUGCUUCACUGGUUGAGUCAUCGGAAGAAUCCUUGGACGAAUCUGUCGAAGAAUCAUCAGAAGAUUCUUCGGAUUCCAGUUCCACGGGCCAAGUGCUGAAGCCAGUCUUUGUAAAAAGAUCGAAAAAUGUCAAGCCCGAUUCUGAACUUGAUCCUGACAAGGAGAAGAACAUAAUCUUGAACAAUCUUCAACACUAUGCUGACAAAGCCAGGGAGACCAGAAUAAUCCCUACCCAAAAAGACUACCUCAUAAUUGAUGACACAGACGACAUAGACCCGGAAAAGGAAAAGCUUGACUGGAAGAUACGGGAACUUCACAGACUCAAGCGAGAUAGAGAUAUUCUAGUGGCCAAAGACCAGGAAUAUGAAGAGAUGCAAGCCCGAAGAUCUCUCCAAGAUUUGACCUAG